AUGAGCUUUUACUCUGGCUCUGACGAUAAUUCUGACUAUGGCGGGUUUGAACCGCAGGUCAGCUCAACUCGUAGGUCUUUAAGACAAAGACCUCAAAAGAAGUAAUCAACUACACAGGUACACUGAGAUAGACUCUGAUAGCGAAGACGAGAUAGCAGGUGAAGAGACUUCUGAACUGGAAACCUGAAUUUCCCUUCAGAAAAUGAGCAUAAUUAUUUUGCGGUAUAAAUUAUUUUUUAAAAAUAUGAGUUUAUUUAUAUAAUUUUAAAACUAUUUAUUAAUUUUCAAAAAAAAGAAUUUAUUAUUUUGUUUAUUAAUAGAGGACGGGAGUGACAGGUCUUCCUUAAUCCACCCAUUGACCAAAUCCUCGGUUUCUCAAAUGAAAAGUACCUCGUCAAAUACAAAGACCGCUCAUAUAUCCACCUCAAAUGGCUCACUGAGGAGGAAAUCAUUUCCGAGGGUCGCAAUGGCAAACUUAAGCUCAAUCGCUUCCUGAGGGAACGCAUGAAUCGACUUCCUGAAGAAGAAGGCAAAUUCUUUGACCCAGCCUUUACAGACGUCGACCGGGUAUUAUUGACCACAGAAAUCUUCCCUGUUGUCCAUCCCCGACAGGCAGCUCUCGUAACUGAGCGGUGGCAAGGCAAAUGUGCAGGAAUUCUUAACCCUUAAAAGAUGAUAAAAAAUACCAUAAAGAGUGACCAUAAUAGUCGAUUUUUCUAUAGAUUUUUUGCAAUAUAACUCUAAAUAAUACUAUCAAAAAGUUAGCAAAAUUAUGAAUUUUAGGAGAAAUGAAUUCUGCUACGCUAUACCUUUCUUAUACCCUAUUGAGCAGUCAGUCAAUGGUGGAACUGAGUAUUACAAGAAAGUAAGGUACCCAGUGGACUUUGUAACUAUCCAUAAUCGCUUAUACAAUGGCUACUACACCUUGCCCAUGGAAUUUUGGAAAGACUUGGGCUUUGUCUUUAAAAACUGCCAAUUGUUUAACCAAGAUAGAGAAGCGGACAUCAGGAUCAUUGGGGACACAUUGAGGCAGCUGUCAGUUCACCUUUACAAACUCUGGCAUGGCAGCACGACUGAUGCAGGGCGAUACACGCUCAAAUGGGUCAGUUUGGUUCCCAAUUAUGACGUGACCAGUCCAGAGUUUCUUCAAGUCGAUUUAGAAGCUGAAGAAUUCACCCAGCAAGACGAAGAAGAAGAUUUUAACCUAAAUGAGCAGCAUUUGUCUCAAGAAGAACUAGCGCAGAUACAGCUGGAAGGGGAGACUGAUAAGCUGUUCCUCGUCAAAUGGAAAAAUUUAUAGUAAAUCAUAUGUAUUGGCACACAAAAAUCAGCUUCUUUUUUAAUAGAAAAAAGUUAUUUCUAUUGAUUUAAAUAUGAAUAUCAUAUAAAGACUCCACAUGGGAACCAGAAAGCCUAAUCAAUAACGCCGCCAAAAUUUCUGAUUACUAUAGGUUUAACCGUGCAUUAGACACACAAGCGCGGCAAGAAAUGACUGAUUUAAACACAAACUUUACCAAAGUUAUGGGCUACCUCGCUGCAGAUGAGGCAAAUAAGCGAUAUAGAGGCUAUGGAAAUUCACAGUUAAUCCAUUUAUUGGACUCUAUAGACUUCCCUACUUUUGAUUCAAGGACCCAAAUCCAGCAAUUUAUUAUGUCCCCUGGGUUUAAGGACGGAAAACACCUCAGAGAGUACCAAGUUUUUGGGCUAAAUUGGCUGCUUCGAAACUGAAGCGUCAAAAGAAAUAGCAUUUUGGCUGACGAAAUGGGCUUAGGGAAAACAGUCCAAAUUGUAAGUUUUAUUAAUACACUAGUAAACUCUUAUAAAUUAAGAGGCCCGUAUCUGGCUAUAGCACCCCUUUCGACACUUGCACAUUGGAAAAAGACAGUAGAAGACUGGACAAUGCUGAACUGUGUGGUUUAUCAUGACCCGAAUGGCUCAGAAGGCAGAGAAUUCUGCAAUAAAUAUGAAAAUUAUUAUAAGUUUAUAAUGAUAAGCCUCAUAUUUUUACUUGUAAUACUAUUUUAAUUUUUUACAUAAAAUAGAUAAUUAGCUUAAUAGAAAAAAAUUUUUUUUUAGGCGAAAAAGCAUAUAGACAUAAUGAAAAGAGGAGGAGUCAGCGAAAAAUCAAAACUGGUGAAAUUCCAUAUAAUGGUCACUUCCUAUGAAGUCUUCAUGCAAGAUUACAACAAAUUCUUUGUCGAUAUCCCAUGGCAAUUAAUUGCUAUUGAUGAAGCUCAUAGGCUGAAAAACAAACAAGCCAAAAUUUUAAGCUUUUUAAGAGAACUUCCUUGUAGGAGAUUUGUAUUGAUGACUGGGACUCCUCUCCAGAAUAACACAGAAGAGUUGUGGUCGCUACUGAAUUUUAUCCAGCCUCAAGAUUUUGCUGACCUUAGUAACUUUUUAUUAUCUAUUAAUUAAAAUGCAUCAUUUUCUAUAGGUAUCAUCAUUAUUCUCUAUAAAAAUUAAUUUUUCAAAAAAAUAUUUUCAUAUAAAUCUCUUUGCAAGACCAUAUCUAAAUAUGGAAAUUUAGAAACAAAAGAGCAAGUCGAGCAGCUUCAAGAAAACAUCAAGCCUUAUCUACUCCGAAGGCUCAAAGAAGAAGUAGAAAAGUCAAUCCCCCCUCUUCAAGAAACCAUUAUCGACGUAGAGCUUACAAAUAUUCAAAAAACCUAUUAUCGUGCCAUUUACGAAAGAAACCGUUCUUUCCUAUGCAGAGGCACCUUAACACCCCAGCUCACCAAUAUGGAAAUCCAGCUGCGAAAAUGCUGCAACCACCCAUAUCUAAUCAAAGGUGUCGAACAAAGCCAUGCUGCAGGACUUAUCAGUGAUGACGAAAAAAUGAAGCGCAUGAUCGAAAGCUCAGGCAAAAUGGUCCUCCUCGACAAGCUGCUCCCCAGGCUAAAAGACCAAGGCAAAAAAGUCCUGAUUUUUUCUCAAUUUACCCAAAUGUUGAAUUUAAUAGAAGAAUACUUACGAAUGAAAUUUUAUAAGUUCGAAAGGCUGGACGGAUCAGUCAAGGCUACAGACAGACAAGCUUCUAUAGAAAGAUUUAACACAGAAGAACAAAAUAUUGACAUUUUCUUAUUAUCAACUAGAGCAGGAGGACUCGGGAUUAAUUUGACGUCAGCUCAGGUAGUCAUUAUUUUUGAUAGUGACUGGAACCCUCAGAAUGAUGUACAAGCUACUGCAAGAGCCCAUAGAAUUGGCCAAAAACAAGAAGUCCAGGUAUACAGGCUGAUUACUGCAAGAACUUAUGAAGCAGAAAUGUUUGAAAGGGCUUCAAGAAAACUAGGCCUUGACCAAGCUGUGUUUGCAAGAGAUAAUAAAGCGGAAAUUGAAAAUCUGCUGAAAUUUGGAGCUUAUAGCAUAUAUGAAGAAGACUCAGGCAGAAGUCAACAGUUCAUUGAGUCUAAUAUUGACCAAAUCUUGCAGACCAAUACAAGAAUAGUUGACUACAAUUUAAUCAAAAAUUCUUAUUCCUUUUCCAAAAGUUCUUUUGUGUCGCAUGGGUCUGAUACCAGUAUAAAUAUAGAUGACCCUAAUUUUUGGAAUAAAGUGCUGCCACCACAGACGUCGCUGUCGUCAAGACUAUUAACCAAGCUUAAUGACCGCAGCUUUACGGUGGAGUCACAAGGAGAAGAAUUCAUGCAAGAAUUAGAGUUGGCGGUAAAUGAGGUCAUGGCGUCAAAAACUAAUAUAGAAACCCAUAAUAUUGAAGAAGAAGAAAUUCUGACGUCUUUGCUGUUCCAGGUUACACAGACCAAACAGUUUGCAAAAGGGACAAGACAGCUGGCGCUGCAGUGGAUGAAUGAGCUUACAAGGCCUUUAAGAAACCGAUCAAGUAGAAAUAUGAUAUUUAUAAAUAAUUCUAAUAAAAAUGUUAUAAGGAUUAUCCUUAUUUUAGAUAAUUAUUAUGAUUGUAUGUUUAUAUAUUUAAUAGAAAUUAAACUAAUCGCAUAUAAGCCAGAUUCUCCACAAAUUAUGAGCGAAAGUGAAGAUGAAAGCGGCGAAGAAAAAAACAGGAAAAAAAUCACAAGCUUCGGAGGGACUGGAAUCAUAUGUGCCCACUGUGAAAAAGAAGGCUGCGGAUGAAUUUGUGCUGGCCCAUGCAAAAGAGGAUACCAUGACCAAUGCAAAGAUAAAGAGCUUGACCUAAAUCACGACUCAAAUCUCCCAGAAGAUGAAGAAGACAACAUAGCUGAACGCUUAGGCUGGAAAUGCCACGACUGCACCAAAAACAAAGCUGCCUGCUUUGUAUGUGGCAAAAAAGGACCAUUCGCAGGACACCAAAAAGAAGGCAAAAACUACGAAAUCGUCGUCAAAUGCUCACUUAACAACUGUGGGAAAUUUUUCCACCUUUCCUGCUUAGCAACUAAGCAUAAAAAACGCUUCAUUUGUCCUUGGCAUUACUGUGGGAUCUGCAAAGCUUCAGGAAACUCGAAAUCCUUACUCCAGUGUUCUCGCUGUCCUAAUGCAUUCCACUUACGCUGCUAUACCAGAAAAAUAGUCCGACUAAACAAAAGGUACAUUGUCUGCCACCAACAUAAGCAGCCGCAGCGACCACCAAUUUAUCCAUCCCAUAAAGCCCAGCAUAAAGAAAACGUAAAAGCACUAAAAGAAAAACUAAGCGAGCUGUGGAAUAAAUAUAGCCAUUUAAGCAUAACAGAAGAAGAAAAAAAGGCUGGAGAACCAAGGAAAAAGAAAAAAGUCGCCUCAGAAGAGCAAGCUAAUGAAAUUUACCAGAAAUAUGGACUGUGUUUACCAGAGGAUUUUGACUACAAAAAUUGCAGAGAUGAGUGGUGCAGAUUCUGUGGGGCGAGGAAGUCAGCUUCUUUUGGACCUGGACCCUGGGGGAAGAAGAUGCUUUGUAUGGCACAUGCAUCUGCUUGGAAAAGCAAAAAAACAUUAAAUUUGUCAAGUUAUAAAGAUGUGCCUGAGGUUCCAAUUGAUUUGUCGAAGAACACUGAGCUCAAUUAUUUGCUAAGGUUAUAUACAUAAUUAAAAGAAAAUGGCUUAUUUUAAUAUAUUAAUUAAGCCAAAACUUUGGUCAAAUUUAUUAUAUUACAGCUUAA